CUGACAACUCCAGGGUGAAGAAAGUUUCUGAUGAACUCCACCAACGGAGCGGAGCAGAGAACAGGCUUUGUGGAAUUCAGCUCCAACUACAUCGAUUCGCCCAAGGUCAAUACUUCAAAACAUUUCAAUUAUGAAAUGCUUACCUUGUACAUAUGUUUGUCCUCUGUAAUUGCGUGUCUUUCUUUGUUUGCUGAAAUCCAUACUUUUUCAAUAUAUGUUCAUCAAAAACCGCCAACUUGUUCCUUGUUGAGAUUCAAUUGGCACAUGCACACUUGCUCUGAGUUGCCAUCUUAGUGCAACAGCGAUGAGCAAACAGUCUGUGGUUGUAUUUGACUAACAUUUAUUGAAAAAGUAUGGAUUUAAGCUGUUGGGUUCUAACUUGAAAUAUCCUUAUUCAUUUUACCAUAUCCGAACUGGGUGUAUGGAAAUCUACUGAGUGAGAAAUGGGAGUGCAAAAAGUUUACAUUCUAUCAGAACAUGUUAUUGUUAAAUCUCAUGUAUCCUUUGGAGAGGAGAAGGGCAACAGCCUGGUUUCAGUCACUGAUAAGGUAGGACAGCCAUGAGUUAGGGAGGAGUGAAGAAUGUGGGCCGAGAUGCAUUGGCUAUCCAGAUGUGCAAGGAGGAGCCUCCACCUAGAAGGAGGGUAUAAAUAUAUGGGCCUGUGUAAACAUGUCUUUUCAGCUGUUUGACCCAAUGGGUGAAUAAACUUGGUUUGAGCUUUGACUGGUUGUCUGUUAGUUUUUCACUCUGUUUGUCAGAACCUAACAAAGCAAACAAAGGCACGCAACUCCAGAGGAUAAAUCUAGAGGCCUCAGGGUGUGUUUGCCACCGCUGUGUGAGCAAACAAUGACGGAGGACAGGUUGAAGGCAGACCCCUCCAAGCGGGAGGGUCUGGACUCAGGAGAGGGAGACACAGAGCCUAGCCUGCUGCUGCAGAAACUAAAGAGCAACAUCUCUAAGAAUAUACAGGGGAAAGUGGAUGUUAUCCUGCAAGAUGUGCAGCGCUUCUCUGACAACGACAAACUCUACCUUUACCUCCAGCUGCCUUCUGGCCCCAGUCCAGGGGAGAAAAGUCUGGCAAUGGCCCCGCUGGCACAACUUAGGCGGUGGUGUAUUUCUGCAUCGAUGUCAGCUUUGGAGGACAGAACACUGCCAAGCAGCAGCAGCAGCAGCAGCAGCAGCAGCAGCAGUGACCCCAGUUCCUUCAACACAGCUGACCAGCUGCACACCUGCAACUGGAUCCGCAGCCACCUGGAGGAGCACGUAGACACCUGCCUGCCCAAGCAAGACGUCUACGAGACAUACAAGAGAUACUGUGAUAACCUGCAGCACCGGCCUCUGAGUGCUGCCAACUUUGGGAAGAUCAUCCGUGACAUCUUCCCCAACAUCAAAGCCCGGAGGCUCGGUGGCAGGGGACAGUCCAAGUAUUGUUAUAGUGGAAUCCGUAGGAAGACCGUGCUAAACAUGCCACUGUUGCCAAACCUGGACCUGAAAAAUGACCCAUCGGAGCUGACGGAGCUGGUGCAGACCUACAAGCAAGAGGUGACGGAGGCGGCUUGUGAGCUCAUCUGUGAUUGGGCCCAGAAGAUCCUCAAACGUUCCUUUGACACAGUGGUCGAGAUCGCCCGUUUUCUUGUGCAGGAGCACAUCGUCAACCCACGCUGCAGCCAGGCUGAACUCGUCACUUCUGCCGCGAUGGCAGGAGGACCUGCAAAGCCCCACAAGGUUAUCAAGAAGAACCCAGUACCGUCAAAAGGAGGUGGGCCGGAGACAGAAGGGAGCAGCUCUGAUGCUAAGAGGGAUAAAGAAGUUGGGGAUCAGUCGUCGCCGGGGACACUGCAGUCCAGUGACAAGCCAACCAAAGGGGCGGAGUCAGUACGCCCGGGGGGUCGUGACCUGCAGGUGGAGGCUCUGAUGAAGCACCUGCCCCGAAUCCUGCCUCGCAGCUCCGUCCCGGAUAAGUCCCAAGGCGGCGCCCUCCCCGUCAUGAUCCUCCCCCACACCGUCAGCUUAUCCUACCCCGAAAAAGCCCCGCCGGUUACCAUGGUGCCCGUGGCACCGACAUCGGUGGUGCAGAGGGCCCGUGCCGUGACCAAACGGGCCCUCGAGGCUCCGACUGCAACCAGCGGAGGCCCCGAGCUGGGAGGCACGCCGGCCAAACGGAAACGAGGACGACCCAGGAAGCCACGGCCAGAGGACACCACCUCUCCGCAACCGCCCCCUCCGUCCCUACCUUCGGUCAACCAAGCCCACAUCAUGAAGUCCCUCACUGGAGGGGUGAUCCAGAAAGCCUGCUCGUCCUCCUCCUCUUCCCAGGUGGUGGAGGUCGUGUUCCAGGACCAGCAUGCCGUGGUGCUCGGCCAGCUACAUUCGGUAGCGGACUCUGGCAACCCAGAGCACCGGGGUGUGGUGCUCGAGACUGACCCACGGCCCCUGCUGCUGCUGCCAGGGACAAGCCACGCAAACUGGGACAUGGGCAGGGCCAUGGUAGAGGUCAUCCAGAGGGCACCGAGACCGCCCACCACCAAGAACAACAACAACUCCCAGUCUAUCCCCCAGCACCGCCUGCCCCUGCCCACUUUGCUGGAGAAUCGAGGUGAGGUGGAGAUCACCCUCACCCCCAUGGAGCCUUCGGAAGAUCUGCCGACCCCCACCACCCAGGCUAGCUCGGAGGGCCGCCCUGCGCCUGAUGACAGCACUAAGGUUGAAAGACCCUAGCACUGGCCCUCCCAGUCCCGAACCUCACCCUCCUUAUCCCAGAGACUAGGGAGCACUAAGGGACUUUAUACUACCCUCAGCAUGAAGAUAACCACCCCCAAUCUCCCAAUCAUCUUCUCCCAGGUAGCAAGCUUCAUCUGGCUCCACACAGUCCCUCUCCCAUCUUACCGAUUGGUGGAAAUCCAAGAUUGGCGGCACAGAGAGCCAAGAAGGGUUGAUGAAGCCAAACCGCUACAUACCCAUGUUGACCUUCCAUUAGCCCUUGCAUUUGACAAUGUAAAAAGGGCCGUUUAUAACUCUUUGCUGUGACUCUAACUGCAUGUUUUUCUUUGUAAUUGUGAGCGAAGAUAUAGACAAAUGCGGCUCCAUACUCCUGAGAUUGGAUUUCUUGUAGUUCUGAUGACGAGGAGGGGCUUUUUACGGGUUCGGACCAUUCGAGGGUCUAAGUGCUACUCUCCCCGAGAGGAACUCCCCUCAAAGCGUUAUUUUUUAAAUAUCUUUGGUUGUGUUAUGUUGAUGUUUGUAGUUGUGCUUUCAAAUAGACUUCCAGAGUAAAGGCGUCCGCAUGCAUCCCAGACUAAACAGUUUGGAAGAGUUUGGGCAUAUAUUAUGAUGACAUUUUGUGACGUUUCUGUUCAUUUUGGACUUCGGUAAGGAUUUUUCGGCUGUUCGGGAACACCCCAAAAAAUUCUAGAGGCAAGCCGAAGUCGGUAGCCGAAGUCUACGCCCCUUCGUCAGUAAUUGGUCAACAGUCGGGAUUCUUCAAUAAAGUCUUUGUUGUCA